CUAUCGGUUUGGUUCUGGCGAAAUUAAGGCGGCAACUAAAAUUGUGUUUAUUCUAUUUUAAACAAAAUAACAACGCCAUGGGCGAUACUACAGGAGCAGAGCAGGACGCGGACAAUGUGAUUCGCAUCCUGGUAGCCACUGACAACCUGGGAUACGGCGAAAAGGAUGCGGUGCGCGGCGAGGACAGCUUUACUGCCUUUGAGGAGAUUCUAGAGCUCGCGGUGUCCGAGGACGUGGACAUGAUCCUGCUGGGCGGCGACCUGUUUCACGACGCAGUACACCAGAAUUCCAUGCACAAAUGCAUCGAACUCCUACGGCGUUACACCUUUGGUGAUCGGCCCGUUUCCCUGGAAAUCCUCAGCGACCAGGCACAGUGCUUUCACAAUGCUGUAAACCAGUCGGUAAACUACGAGGAUCCCAAUCUAAACAUUGCCAUCCCAGUGUUCUCCAUCCAUGGCAAUCACGACGAUCCCAGUGGCUUUGGCCGUCUGAGCUCUUUGGAUCUAUUGAGCACCACGGGCCUGGUGAACUACUUUGGCCGCUGGACGGACCUCAGUCAGGUGGAAAUCAGUCCUAUUUUGAUGCGCAAGGGUGAGAGCCAGAUGGCCCUGUACGGGCUGAGCCACAUCCACGACGGACGAUUGGCUAGGCUGGUCAGAUUUAAGGUGAACUUUAACUGUCCCGACAAGCAACGCGAAGACGAGGAGGGCGAGGAGGAAGACGAGUGGUUCCACCUGCUGGUGGUACAUCAAAACCGUGCAGAUCGCGGGCCAAAAACUAUCUGCCGAGGAUCGCUGCCGGCGUUUCUGCACCUGGUGAUCUGGGGUCACGAACACGACUGUCGUAUCGAGCCGGGUAAUGCCAAGAAGGGAUUCUAUGUCUCGCAACCGGGCUCCUCUGUGCCCACGUCUCUGUCUGAGGGCGAGGCCAAGAAGAAGCACGUCGGCCUGCUCGAGAUCUACAAGAACAAGUUCAAGCUCAAAGAGCUUCCACUGCAGACAGUGCGUCCCUUUGUCUACGACUCUAGUCUGCCUGAUCGCGCCGAAGAGUUAGGCCUGAACGAGGGCGAUGCCUCCACUAAAGUAUUUCGAUUUGCCAAGGAACGGGUAGAAGCCAUGAUUGCGCAGGCAAAGGACCAGCUGACAGGUCACCCCAGGCAGCCCACACUGCCGCUCAUCCGGCUGCGGUCUUACACCGACGAGUCGUGCAUGUUUAACACAAUCCGAUUCAGCCAGAUGUUUGGCACGCGGGUAGCCAAUGUUCAGGAUGUGGUGCUGUUUAGCAAGCUAAUCAAGCGGACCAAGAUGGAGGCUGUUAACCUGGACAAGGAGGCAUUGCGACGAGCCUUGGAAGCGGAUAAUGCCACACGUGUGGAAGAGCUAGUAGAUCGUUAUUUCGACGAGGCAAAGACCAAAAAACCUUUAAGGUUACUACACUCAAAGGCCUUGGCCGAGAUGACCUAUCGCCUGGUGGAACGAAAAGAUGCCAAUGCUGCCGAAAACAUUGUCAAGUUCUAUAAGGAAAAAGCAGUGGAUUAUUUAAUGGAAACCCUGCCCAACGAUGAGAAUAUUGACGAUGCACUAGAAAGUUUCCGCGUGCGCCACAAACACGAGGACCUCUUAAAAAUGCUCGAUGCUAGGGGAAUCAAAGUGAAGCCGGAAGAAAAAUUCUCAUCUGUUUUGGCAAGUGAACCGAACACAACAGAUGCCCCCACGACGGGACGGGGACGCGGUGGCCGUGGCCGUGCCAGCACUCGGGGCCGUGCUGCUGCCACAACAGCUGCCCGUGGCAGAGGCCAGUUAGAUGUGUCUGUCAAUACCACGCGCUCCUCUGGAAGGCAACAAACUCUCUUGAGCAACGUCCGAGAUCGUAAUGCCGCCACCUACACUAUAUCGGAUGAUUCUGAUUAAAGACUACACUUCCGGUUCGCAGUUAACACAUGUGACUUCGUAAGCUGAAUAAAAGAGAAUGAAAUUUGUCUUAACCUAUUUUUGACAGAUGAUAUAUAUAAAUCGAUUUUUCGAUAUUUGAUGCCAUAUAUCAGUAUUUUACCGGUCCGAUAUAUGUUCGGUGAAUCGUUAUUCUUUUUGAUAUAAGCUCAAAAGAGACAAAUAUACCAAGUAAUAUUUUA